AUGGAGGAUGUAUUACUGCACUUAAAAAAUGAAUUAAUUGAAGAUAAUGGUUAUGAAUUAUAUCCAUUUAGAUUUGGGGAUUAUAAUAAAUUUAUUGGUGAUGAAUUUAAAAUUGAUGAAAAUGAAGAUUCAUUUUGUGUUCUUAUAAUUAAUACACCAAAAUGGUUUAGAAAUAGAUAUAUUGACUUUCUUAAAACUUCAAUAAAAGAAAAACAUAUUAGUAAUUUUGAGGAAUUUAAAGAAAAAAUGCCUAAUCCAAUAUCUGAAUGUAUCAAUACAGAUAUAGAAAAAGCAACUAAAAUGUUUAUUGAUUAUGAUCUCCAAAUAUACUUUGAUCAUUCAAUGCAUCCAUGGAAAAGAAAACCCUACAUUUUAAUGGCAUCUGCUGGACAUGCAGCAGGAGCAACCUACUAUUAUAGUAAAGAUGAAUGUCUGGAUUUAGUACCAAGUGAUGAGGAACGUAUUUCACAGGGAAAGAAAAAAUUAAUAGGUAUUGCAAUGCACAGUAAAUUAGGAGGAAACUUUGCUUUUCGUGCUGUUUUAAUUUUUAGAAAUUUACUUGUUCCUAAUUUUAUUCCUUCUGUUCCAGUUAAAGUUUUACAAGAUAAGAAAGAAAUCGCCAAUCUUAUAAUGAGUUUUAAUGAUAAUUGGAUUAAUGGAAAAUAUAGAAAUAUAGGUGAAAAUGACAAUUUUAAAUAUGAUGAUAAAUAUAGUGAACUUCAACUUGAGUACUUCAAUUCACCACAAGAAAAAAGAUGGCAAAUUAUUCAAAAAAUGAUUCAAAUGUAA